AUGUCUAAUGGAUUUCGGGUUCUUCUCGGAUGUUUGGUCUUCGUCACUCUCUUCGUGCUCGCCGUAGUGCUGACCCUUUUGACGUCUUCGCCCUCCACGUCUUACGACAGGUGUUUUAUAGGGGAUUUAACUGUUUCAAACGCGAUUUAAGUUCAGAAAGAACGAUCAUUCGCUCUUGCCUUUGAUUGUCAAGAGUCCUGCUCUGAAGAAGCUGCACACCUCUGGAGAUCUCUUCUGCUGGGUUCAAACUUCAAAACAAUAUCACGACACUCGCGUGAGAUGAUUCAAGUUUUCUUAGUCAUCAUUUUUGAUGAAAAUCUAAAAAAAGUUUGUUAUCAUUAAAAAAAUUUCUGGUCUUACUGUAAUCCCGAUUUCAUGGAAGCAUGCCUUUGCAAAUAGAUGAUUCAAGUUUUCUUAGUCAUCAUUUUUGAUUAAAAUCUGAAAAAAGUUUGUUAUCAUCAAAAACAUUCCUGGUCUUACUGUAAUCCCGAUUUUAUGGAAGCAUGCGUUUGGAAAGAGCAAAAAUUAUUUCCGCUCCGCUGGGUUUCUCAAUAAUUAAAUAACACAUUACGGUAUUCUGAGUCAUAUGCGUGGGCAAUGUUGUUCACUCUGUCCCACGCUUAAUAGAAUAAUCUUUGCAGAAAAGGUCGUACGAAUUUCGAACUCUUGUCGAAAAAAAUAAUUUUUUUUUGCAGGAAAAAAAAUAAUUUUUUUGCAGCGUUUUUUCUAAGAAUGAGCAUGAUUUUUUUUUAGUUCGAGGAGAUUAUUUUUUUCAAUACAGAGUUUCGAUUUUGGAAAACUUGAAGCUUGAGUGCAAGUUUGGCUUGCGCCCUAUUUUGGGACAAGAUCUCAGAAAAGGCUGAAGCUUAGACGCAAACUUUGAGUUUAGGUUGACGCUCAGUUUUCAAGUGCUGUACUGCACUAUCGGCUGGAAAUUCAAGAUGACUUUUGAAAACAAGUAAAUUGAACAAGUUGAGAACUUCGGAAAGUGUUCUAUCAAACUGUCAAGAAGUUUGGGCCUUUCUUAAAAGUUAGCAAAGCUGAAUUUCGCGGCUAAGUAUCUGAAAAGUUACUUCCAAUAAACAUAGAGGAAAAAAAAAAGUUUUCCAGGCACUCGCAAUAAGCGAAACAUGGAUAAGACGGUGCACGCACGGCCAACUGUUCACAUCAGAGCCUUUCGAAGACGAUAACAUUCCAUACUCGACAGUUUUCGCCGGUGAAAGCUCUCUUUCCACCAGAUUUUUUGAGAGAGCAAGUUUCAGGCAUCCCGGACGAGUAUUCCAACUUGUUUUACAAAAGCCGUUAUGCUUUCCAUUACAUUUACCAACACAUCUCAAAAGAUUUCAGAUGGUAUCUCAAAGUCAGUUUUCUUUUUGCUUCCAAGUUUUUUUUUUGAUUUUUCAGGCCGAUGAUGAUACCUAUGUGAUUGUAGAACACCUGACUAACUAUUUAUUGACGUUGGAUCAUGAUAAGCCUUAUUUUCUCGGAUACGUCUUGAAACCGUACCUGGUGAUUAUGAAAACCAUUAGAAAGCAUCAAAAUGACUGUUCUAUUCAGGACCGCGGAUACAAUGCUGGCGGAGCCGGCUAUGUUUUAUCUCGCGCGGCUCUUAAAAUUUUCAGCGAACAGCUCUAUCCGAACGAAACGCUCUGUCCUGAUAACAUCUACGAGGACGUCGGGAUCGCAAAGUUUAUUUUUGUCGUUUUUACACUUUUCUCUCAAAACCUUUUCAGCUGCCUAGCGAACGUUGGUAUUUUCCCUGGAGACACGAGAAACAGUAAAGGACAGAAUCGCUUCAAUGCUUUCAGUCCGGCCGAUGUCUUCCAUCAGAAAAGUGGUGAAGCCGAUUGGAGAUACUACCCUGAGAAAUCGGUGAGAAUAGACAAAUAAACGAAACUUCUCAAGCCUUUAAAAAAUCAAAUUCUAAAAAAAACUUUGAAAAUAUUUAGUUUCUUUCUCACUAGGGAAUAACUCGGACUCGGAUACGCGUUUCGAGUUGAAACUUUGGUGACUUAUAGACCCGGGUAAGAGUACUCGAAAACAAGAGAGAUCAUUUGCUAAACCCCAUAGGCUUCUGAGAAAAACCUUUUUGAAAAUGAGAAUUUUAGGCUUAAAAAUUAUCAAAUUUUUGCUUAAACCUUUUUUUAAACUUUCAACUUUCAGGGUUACGAUGCUUUCGCGAGAGACUUCAUCAGUUUCCACAAGCUGGCUCCCGAUGAGAUCCGUCUGUUCGACAUCCUCCUUUACCGGACCGAAUAA